GGUGAGCGUUAGUGCUGUAAAUGGGAGUGUUUACAGGCAGACUUCUGGGGAAAACAUUAACAAGGAAGAAACGGUCGGUGAGCGCUCACACGUGGGACAAACGAGGGGGAAAAAUUUGAUAAAAAGAAAAUAAUUGUUUUGUUUUCAGACCUCCUCUUCUGUUUGUGGAUUCACGCGCUCACUGAUUGUACGAUGCGUCCUGCGCUCGCGCCUCGGCGCUCAGUUCCACACUGGGACGUUUCCGAGGACACGGGGACGCGUUUCUGAGGACACGGGGACGCGUGCUGGGUCUCGAACCAACGCGGGUUUGUGAGUGGGAUUUCUCGGGACGGUGUGGGUGGUGUGUGUGGUGGUUUUAGGGGGGAAAUGCCCGGCAGGUACAACCUGGUGGACGACGCGACGGAUUCGCGCGUGCCCCUUCACAACGACGAGGCGUUUCAGCACGGCAUUCAUUUCCAAGCCAAGUAUAUUGGUAGUCUGGAUGUCCCGAGACCCAACAGUCGCAUGGAGAUCGUCGCUGCCAUGCGGAGAAUCAGAUACGAGUUCAAGGUGAAGAGCAUUAAGAAGAAGAAAGUGAACAUGGUGGUCUCAGUGGACGGUGUAAAAGUGAUACUUCGCAAGAAACAGAAGAGGAAAGCGUGGACGUGGGAUGAAAGUAAAAUGCUGGUGAUGCACGACCCAGUGUACAGGAUUUUCUAUGUGUCCCAUGACUCUCAGGAUUUAAAGAUUUUUAGCUACAUUGCCAGAGAUGGGUCCAGCAACACCUUCAGAUGCAAUGUCUUCAAGUCCAAAAAGAAGAGUCAGGCAAUGCGUAUCGUGAGGACAGUGGGCCAGGCUUUCGAGGUGUGCCAUAAGCUGAGUCUGCAGACAGCAGAUGGACAGAUGGACAGACUUACACUUGGAGAAAGUGGAAACUCUGAGGAGGAGACACUGAGUGAAGGCCAGGAGAUGACUGGAGCUGAGCACGUCAGUGGCAUGGAGGUAAAGUCGCUGCCAGACAGUUUUUGCGAACAAGCUCUUACUGACGUCCUUCAGAGCCUAUCACAACUGAACAUGGUGAAGCCAGGACAAACUCUUCAGGAACUGGAAGAGAUGCCUCUUGACCCUCUGUCUCCCAGCAGCCCUUGCUCUCUGUCUCUAACACCACUGGCUGACCAGCACCACCUGCAGUUAUUACAGCAGCAGGUACUCCAGCAGCAGCAGCAAGCUCAGGUUGCUGUGGCACAGGUGCAGCUGCUGAAGGAUCAGAUAGCAGCAGAGACGGCUGCCAGGAUGGAGGCUCAGGCCAGGAGCCACCAGCUGUUGCUUCAGAACCGAGACCUGCUGCAGCACAUAGCGCUGCUGGUCCAACACGUCAGUGAGCUGGAGGCCAAAGUCAACGGUCAUACAAAGAAUGAAGCCUGGAGAAACUCGUCAUCCUGUUCUCUUUCUCUCAACCUGAAAAACCACUACAGUUCAGACCAACCUAUCACCUCCACGCCGGCAAGAGAGGGCCAAGUCCCCCCCACACCCCCUUAUACCAUGACCUGUGCUGACUCCUACCUCACCCUGCUCAGAAUGGGAACGUCCAGCGUCAUGGCCAACGGCGUGCCAGCAAACAGUGGUACAAGCAGUGACUUCACAAAGGCAGUGGAUCAGCGGGUUAAAGAAAUAAUCCCCAAACUGGACCCGCCCCCUCCUCCCAUCAACCGAAAGCGACUGAACAGAACAGGAUCAGAAACAGCAUCAAGUCUGGCCUUCGUCUCGUCCUGUCCCGACAUUACACCAUGUUUCGUUUCUCCGGGUGAGUUUGGCAACAAUCUCAGUGCCUCCUGUUCGGCGAGCGAAGAUUCCGGCAUGCGCUCCGACAACAAGCCGUCCGGAGAGGAUCUGUUCGAAGACUGCAACUCCGCCCUCCUGUCCACAUCCAGCACCUGCAGCAGUUUACCAGAGGACCACCUCCUGGCUGGAACCCCGCCCCAUCCGGCCACUCCCAACAGCUAUGAGCAUACCCUUCCAUUUUCAUCACCACUUAACCAAACAUGCCUUCACAUCAGCCUUAGCGAGGAUGAGCUUCUGGAGGACGGGAUCUUUACCACAGCAAGUCCACUUACUUAGUCGUAAGUGCAACAAAAACUUGAAACUAGCAAAGGUUCAUGAAUGGAUGAAAUAUCAAGAUCAAGCUGGGCGUUCUACUUCUACAUCCGCAAAAGAAAAUAAUCACAUGACAGGAUUGUCUUUGUGGCAAGUUGUUGAUUUAAAUUAAUAUUUUCAUGGAAACACGGCUGCUGUGAUGGACCCAUACUUUAAUGGCAAAAUGAAUUUGCCAUUGUUAUUUUCUUCCCCGGGUGGCACAGUGGUGCUGCAGGUAGAUGUCCCUGGUUCGAUCCUGACUUCAGCUUGCUGUGUGGAGUUUCUCAUGGUGUCGCUAUUUCGACAGAGGGUUUUCUCAAGGUUCUCCAGUUUCCUCCUCCGGUGGCUUGGCAACUCUUUUAACUUGCCCCUUGCUUUGAACGAGUGUGCAUGUUGCCUCGUAAUGAAAAGGCAUUCCAUCAUGUAUGGCACCCAAUAUUCCUGGAAUAGGUUCCGGAUUCAACGCAACCCUGAAGAUAAAGCGGUUACAGAAGAUGAAUUAAUUAAUUUUCUUCCCUGCCUUUAUUAAGAACUUUUACUCUUGUGGGUGUUUUCUUGUAAGACAAAAGCACUCACUGGCUUAGAGUUUAAUUUGCACUUUUGUAGAUUUAAUUUGAAGACCGAAAUUGUGCAGAUCAUUAUUCAGAUGCACAGUGGAUAUAAAAAGUGUGCACACCCCGUUAAAAUGACAGGUUUUUCUGAUGUAAAAAAAAUGAAACCAUGAUAAAUAAUUUCAAAACUUUUUCCACCUUUAAUGUGACCUGCACAAUUCAGUUGAAAAACAAACAAAUCUGUUAGGGAGAAAAACAUAAAAAACUAGACAGGGACACUCUAACGAGUGCAAACCCCGCCUUUUCCCUAUUAAAAUACAUUGGGCGAAAAUUUCGAAGCUCUGCCAUGACCUUGACCUUUGACCUUUGACCUCCAAAAUUUAAUGGUUUCCUUCCUGGGUGAUUGGCAACACAUGUACAAAAUUUGGUCCAAAUCGAUCCAUUGGUUCUUGAGAUAUCUUGCAGACACACAGACAGACAGACAGACAGAUACACACACACACAGACUGACGCAGGUGAAAAUAAUAACCCCUCCGACUACUGUCGGCGGGGUUAAUAAAAAACAUACAAUAAGUUGGUUGCGUAAGUGUGCACACCCUUAAACUAAUAUUUUGUUGAAGCACCUUUUGAUUUAAUUACAGCAUUAAGUCUUUUUGGGUCGGAGUCUAUCAGUCUGCCAUAUCUAGUCUUGGCAAUAUUUGCCCACUCUUCCUUGCAAAAGUGCUCCAAAUCUGUCAUAUUGCAAGGGCAUCUCUUGUGCACAGCCCUCUUCAGGUAACCCCACAGAUUUUCAAUUGGAUUUAGGUCUGGGCUCUGGCUGGACCAUUCCAAAACUUUAAUUUUCUUCUGGUGAAGCCAUUCUUUUGUUGAUUUCGAUGUAUGCUUGGGGUCAUUGUCGUGCUGAAAGAUGAAAUUCAUCUUCAGCUUUCUAGCAGACACGUGAAGGUUUUGGGCCAAAAUUGACUGGUAUUUAGAAUGGUUCAUAAUUCCCUCCACCUUGACUAAAGCCCUUGUUCCAGAUGAAGAAAAACAACCCCAAAAUAUGAUGCUGCCACCACCAUGCUUCACCGUAGGUAUGGGGUUAUUUUGGUGAUGCGCAGUGUUUUGGUUUUUUUUGCACCAAACAUUAUCUUUUGGAAUUGUGGCCAAAAAGUUCAACCUUGGUUUCAUCAGACCAUAACACAUUUUCCCACAUGCUUUUGGGAGAGUUGAUGUAUUCUUUUGGCAAAAUUUAGCCGGGCCUGGAUGUUUUUCUUUGACCCUACCUCAUAGUCCAGACAUAUAGAGAAUACGGGAGAUUGUUGUCACAUGUAGUACGCAACCAGUAUUUGCCAGAAAUUCCUGCAGCUCCUUCAGUGUUGCUGUAGGCCUCUCGGCAGCCUCCCUGACUAGUUUUCGUCUUGUCUUUUCAUCAAUUUUGGAAGGACGUCCAGUUCUCGGUAAUGUCACUGUUGUCCCAUAUUUUCUCCACUUCUUGAUGACUGUCUUCACUGUGCUCCAUGGUAUAUCUAAUGCUGUGGAAAAAAAUGUUUGUACCCUUCUCCUGACUGAUACCUUUCAACAAUGAGAUCCCUUUGAUGCUUUGUAAGCUCUCUGUGAACCCUGGCUUUUGCUGCAGGAUGCAACUGAGUCAAUGUCUGAACUUUAUUUGGGGUGAAUCAGAGUCGUUUUAACUGAUGGCAGGUGUGAACCCAAAAAGACUGAAUCAGGGAUGAGAAUGAAAAAUAUUUAAAAAGUCUGAAAAAACCAGGGCGGGGCCCAUGGCCCAGGGGGGUGGGGCCCAUAGCCCAAGGGGGCGGGGCCCAGGGGCUAAUGAUUUUUGGCUUUUUUUUUUUUUUUUUUUACCCCAAAACCAUUAAUUUUGUCAGAAAAAAGUUGCAAUGUAUUUGGAAAUAAAUUCCCCUUCUUGGUGGACUACCAGGUGAAAAUGAUUAAUAUGGUACAAGAGGCUUGUUUUUAAUCAAUUCACAUUUGAUGAUUUCAAAAAAUCAGUGCACCUUUUAAUAUAAAUGAGCUCUACAGUAUUAUAUUUCUGCAUUUUUGCUAUUCAUGUCUUUGAAUACUCUAAUCCUUUACAAUGAAGUGCAAACCAGAAAAAAGUUCUGUCAUAUAAUUCUCUGAAGCUUUCUUCUGAUGUUAUCAUGGUAGCAGGAGGUCUUGCAUAUUAAGCAGGCAACAUUCAACAUCACUCAUCACUUCCCUUUCAACUGUUGUGUGAACUAACUAGGUUUUAUCUGGACAGGAUGUUGUGUAAUGUAAUGCAUAUACCAUACGGUCAAUUUGAAGAUCGAGAUGGUGAUUUUGAGUUAAAGAACAGGCAUGUACAAUGGGCAUUACAAAUUGGAAAAAAAUUUUUAAAUCAAAAACUAUAAGUUCAUCUUGGCCUAAAAAAAUGUGGGCAGACGCUCCCGCGCGGCUUAUCCCAGCAAUUCCCCCCAUGAAAUGAGCAAUAAGUAGGAGAGUUAUACACGGUAUCAUACCUAAAAUUUUAUCAGAAAUAUAGAUAUGAUACUAUGAUUCUCCCCAACAUGCUACAUUAGACAAGCUAACCUCAUUUAUAAAAAGAUACACACUUAUAUAUGACGUGUAUUUGAUAUAUAUGAUGUAUAUUCAUACAUUGUUACUUUACGGAAAUCUUCAAUAAGUUUGGUCUUUUCAUGACAGCCUGUUGUAGACCUAAAUACAGAGGUGUCAAAAGUAUUACCAUUUAUUACUCAAGUAGAAGUAUAGAUACUGUGGUUUAGAAAUACUUUUCAUGAAGUAAAAGUAUUAACUGAAGCUUUUUACUCAAGUAAAAGUAAAAAGUAUACUGAUUUCUAAACUAUUUUAAAGUACAAAAGUAAAAGUAAUGAAAGAGGAAAAAAUGCUAUUAAGGACAAAGGCGCAGCCUAGAAGUCCACAUACAGUACAUUCUCCUGAUCCAUUAAAAUGUGUUUCAUGGAGCACAAGUAAUAAUGACUUGUCUGUAAGUGUUGUAAUGGUGUAAAACUUCAUACCUCAGAAGUAAGUUAUCAAUACAUUUUUAUUGAAAAUGUAUAUAUUAAAAAAAAACAUUGUAAUGUCCAAAAUAUUGUAUAACGCAAUAUUUUUGCAGUAUGCUGGCAAUCAUUUUGUGUCCAAAGUUCCAUUGCAUUCACUGUCUAAACGGCAGUAAUAAUACAGUAUUUGAAUGCUAUGAAUGAAUUAAUGAAUGAAUGAAUACUACACUAACACUACUGUAAAAUUGCAGUUUUUUUCUUUUUCAUAUGGGACGUGCAGUAGAGGCAGCAGGUUCCAGUUAAAAUGCAAGAAAAACACUUUCUCAUCCCUACUAGUUACUGGCUCACCGAGAGAAGUCAACAGAAUGUUUGUGUUCCAGCAAUGCAAGGCUGAACACAGGCGAGGAGAGAAAGGGCGGCCGCUGGAAUGCCGACACACUACAAGCUAAUAUAAUGUUUACUAAGCUAAGACCUGUCACUUUACUCACCAACACCCACCAAGAUACCAUAACUGCGUUUGUAAACUUAACCUGACUCAGAAAAGAGAAUGCCGCAUAUGGUUCGUGGGGGGAGGGAUUCCACUCCUGACAAACGAACGAGAGCCCGCAAUUUACUAACGGUGUCGAAGUCAGAGCUCUGAUUGCUGUGUGCUUGGAGCGCCCUGAGUGGCAGUUUAUUAGGUGGACAAAGUAAUAUAAGUAAUAUAAAGAUUGGCGCAAUGAAAUGCAAGUAACGAGACUAUUAUAAACGUAACGAAGUAAAAGUAAAUGCUUGAAAAUGUAACGAGUAGAGAUAAAAAAUAGGUUGAAAAAUUAUUACUCCAGUAAAGUAGAAAGUACCAAAAUUUCUACUUAAGUAAAGUAACGAAGUAUUUGUACUUCGUUACUUGACACCUCUGCCUAAAUAUAAUGCACAUGAAAUGACACUCCUCACCUCAACAUGUCCUUUACAAUCAUUUAAGCCACCAUAGGCAAUGCUGAAACCACUGCUGCAAACAGUACAUCGCGCGAAACUGUCAUUAUUUUCUACCCUUAUUAGACAGGGAGAUUCUUUUGUGUAAUCUGAGCUGAAGUGGGUUUUGUACUUUUGUUUUUUGGGGCGCGCGCGCUCUCUCUCUGCUAUGCCGGUCCUGUAGGCUGCACUGACUCAACUGAAAGCUUCGGUCCUCGAGGAAAGGGAUAAAAGCCCGUCCACACUGAAAGCUGAUUGGCUUAUUUUGCUGAGUAACCCAAUCAGGAUGCUCUUUGUCUGGCAUGCGCUACAUGAACAGGCACACAGGCAGUGUUGCCACAUUGGGUGGUUUUAAGUGCAGGUUUGAACAUAUUUUGGGAUGGAAAACGUCAGCAAUAUCUGGCAACACUGCACACAGUCUCCCUCGCGCGCGCACAUUCUAAGAUGUGUGAUGCAGACCUUAAUGUUGCGCGCGCACGCUCUUGCUCGCUUCUAUCAAUAUGCAGGAGACUCCCGGAAGUUCUGGGAGACUUGGGAUGUCUGCGUU